AUUCAAGUCAACAACGUAACAUGGCGCGAGAAUUUCAAGAUAUGGCAGAGGUUCGAGUUUACGAAGAAGAAGCUCCAUCUGCCUUAUCGCUAAACCUGAAUGAAACACAGUUCUUUGGCUUUACCCCUCAAACAUGUAUGCUGAGGGUCUACAGUGCCUUCCAAGAUUGCCUGUACGAAAUGCUGCUCGUCGUUGAGAAAGUCUUUGUUAGAAAACUAAGUGGAACUGAACUCAGUGAUGAUCAACUUCGUUUGAGGGCGAGGGAGUGCACCCAGAAGCUUCAACUGUUCCUUCAAGAACGCUUCAAACGUUUGUCAGGGUGCAUGGAAACACUCUUGGUCAAAAACGUAUUUUCAAUUCCUCCUAAUGUGCCGUUACCAGGAAACCAGCCACGCACAAAACAUAUAGAGGGUCUGUCAGACCUUCUGGAGCUGGAGUCGUGCCUGACUGAGCUGCAGCAGUCGUACCAAGCAGAGGUUUGUGCCCAGCAGGCCUUGUUAGCUGAACUGGAGGAGCAGAGGGUGGUUCAGGAACAGCUGGAUGGAAUACUGAAGUGGAUUGGCGAGCUCCAGGCAGCUUGGAUGAAGGAGGGAAUGGGCAACUUCCAUGACAGCUUCCGGGUCAUGGUGCAAUCGGUUAAGAAACUGCAGGAUGUCAUUACAGAUAUUAGUAAGAAAAGCAGUGGAUUGGACUCGUCUAUGGGGUGGAGUCAUGUUGCUUGACUGCUUUGGUGUAGACAUUUUCCACAACUACAGAACUGAUCAGUUUAUAAACCUUUGUGAGAUCUUUUGUCUCAGAUUCUAUAUUCAGUCAUGUGUGAUGCACAGAUGGGACAAAGUUGUCGCUUGGAAUAGCUUUUUCUCAGGAGUUGUAUGCAAGUAUGUACCUUAACACGAUGUAAAUUAAUGCUUCACUUUAAUCAAUGUUAAACAUGAACUCAAACUAAUGUAAAAAUACAAACACUUAUAUGUUUCAUAGCCAAGUGGACGGUUGGAUUCACCACAAGGGGGAAGUAUUGUAUCAUUUUUUUAAAGCCAGUCUCCAAUUGCUUUUGGAAAUGUAAUUGUUAUUAUUAGUAUACUAUUAGUUUGCUUUGUUUCAUAAUACUUUACUGAACAAUACAAAAAUAUCCCAAAUAAAGCUAUACCUUUCCUACUUACAU